UGGGGGCGUUAAGUACCAGAAAAACGCUAACACUUUUCUUUCUUACUUACUUCUUCUUCGUCUUCACAGAAACCCAACUAAUAUAACGAGCUGCUUUGCGUUGCUUGUUCCUUUGUAUUUCCCUCAAACUUUCAUAUAUUUGGAAAAAAAAUACUAUUCAAUAAUAAUAAAAUAUAUUCCUCCUCCUCCCACCUCCAUAGUGUGUGUUUUUAUUGGAAGAGUAAGAGAGAGAAAAUGUGGUGUUUUUUAGAGUCUGAAUUGUCCAACAACUAAUACCUUUAAUCUAUUUGUUGAUAGAGAGAGAUUUCUUUUGACAAUUCAUUUUUUUUCCUUGUAUUUGGGAAAUUGUUAUUUGAUUUUUGAUCAUUUGGAUUGGAAAUUGUUUUUAUAUUUGAUUUCCAAAUUUUUAGUCAUUCUGAAUUCUUCAACAACCGGAUCUUUGGUGCGCCGGGGAGCUCAGAUGAAAUCAGAAUCUUUCUAAUUGAAUUGCAAUUGAGAAGAAUGACAGUUGGUGAAGGAUUAUUAGUUCAAGAAGAAGAGAUUUCAAGAAAAUCGGAUCCUGAUAUAAUAUUUGAUGAUGAGAGAAUACGAAGAGCUAGGAUCGGAUCUCUCAAAAAGAAAGCAAUGCAUGCAUCUACUAAAUUGAGUCAUAGUAUUAAACGGCGAAGGGGAAGAGUAAGCGAUUGUAGGUUUCCGAUUGAAGAUUAUAGAGAUGCAGAGGAGGUAGAAUCAGUUGAAGCAUUCAGGAAGGUCUUAAUUUCCAAGGAUCUACUUCCAGCUCAACAUGAUCAUUACCAUACAAUGAGGAGAUUUUUGAAAGCACGGAAAUUUGAUAUCGAAAAGGCACUUCACAUGUGGGAAGAAAUGCUCCAGUGGAGAAAAGAGAACGGGGUGGAUUCUAUUUUACAGGAUUUCAAUUUUGAAGAAUUUGACGAAGUUCAACGUCAUUAUCCUCAUGGUUACCAUGGGGUAGACAAAGAGGGGAGACCUGUAUAUAUAGAAAGAGUUGGUAAAGUUGAACCAGGUAAGCUAAUGAAUGUGACCACAGUGGACCGGUUUCUGAAGUACCAUGUUCAGGGGUUUGAGAAGACCUUCCUUGAGAAGUUUCCAGCAUGUUCAAUUGCAGCCAAGAGACAUAUUGAUACGACAACAACAAUAUUGGAUGUCAAUGGGGUGAACUGGAUGAGUUUCGGGAAGGUUGCAAAUGAUCUUCUUAUGCGCAUACAAAAGAUUGAUGGUAAUAAUUAUCCAGAGACUUUACAUCAGAUGUACAUUGUUAAUGCCGGCAAUGGGUUUAAGUUACUGUGGAACACUGUAAAAGGUUUUCUUGACCCAAGGACUACUGCAAAGAUAAAUGUUUUAGGAAAUAAAUACCAGAAUAAGCUGCUGCAACUUAUAGAUUCAAGCCAAUUGCCGGAUUUUCUUGGUGGCUCUUGCACAUGUUCAACUUUAGGUGGGUGUCUUAGAUCUGGUAAGGGACCAUGGAAUGAUCCCGAAGUAAUGAAGGUAGUACAUAAUAUGAGGGAAUCCAGUACUUCUGAUGAUGGAGAUGGCAACAAACACUUGCCAGUCACAUUGCCUGUUUUCAAGUCUGUAAAUAAUGAAAUAUGUUCUGCGGAGUCAGGAUCUGACUUUGAAGACUUACGGUCCUCAACGGGCUUACGGACUUCAGCUUUGAUCCAAUCAGUUAAACUUGGUGAACACGUAAGGAUGGCUGAUCCUGCGGCGGUUCAUAAAUUGGAUGAGCCAGUUGGUGCCUCUGUUAGAGCUGGAAAUGUUGCUUCAGGAGAUGGUAAUAUCAGCUCCGUCCUGGCGACGCAGCCUACGGAUCUUAUAUCUCAUUUAAAAAGAUUAGGGGUGACUUUUGUACUCAAACUAUUAGCAGUGUUACACCUUGUACUGUACAUGUUAAGAAAAAUGUGGGAAAGGGGUAACAUGGUGAAGCCGUUGGAAGAAAAUCAACGCCAUACUGAUUUAAUCAAUCCUGUUGCUCAAGACCAAGUUGCACCAAUACCCGUGGAAGUUGAAACUGUUCGUCCAUACAUGCAGAGGCUACAGAGACUAGAAGAAUUAGUUACAGAAAUUUCAAAUAAGCCUGUGAAAAUUCCUCUGGAGAAAGAAGACAUACUUCUAGAGUCAUUGAAUCGUAUUAAAGGCAUCGAGUUUGACCUGCAGAAAACAAAAAGAGCGUUGCAUGCAACAUCGUCUAAACACGUGGAGCUUGCACAGUCCUUGGAGAAUCUAAAAGAACCUGGAAUCAGAAAAAGGAACUCCUGUUGGUACAGAAACUGUGGAGGAUCUUAUUCUUCAGAAGCAUGAGGUAAAAACUGAAUCUGGAGGAAGAUGUAUUUUUCGCAGCGACUAUAACUCCGGCUUUACAACUACAAACAGAAGUCUCUGACCGUGCAUCACUAGAUAGAUUCGCUCAAGGCUGGCUCUCAUGCAAUCAGUUAGGGAAUCCCUUUGGACACUUGGUCGAGCCCCUUCAUUUUUAUCUCUAGUCAGGUUCCAAUAUUGGUUUGCUACCCACAAGCUGACAUCACAGAAAGGAAAAAAAAAAGUAGUCCUCUAAAGGGUUUACAUGCUUUUCCUUGAGUAUAAUUUAUAGUUCCCCAAGGCUGUUCUGCAUCAUUUAUAGUCCUCCGUACAAUUUUUUGUAAAUAGCAUACAGUUUAACUCAAAAUAAUACCAGUUGUGUUCAAUAACAAAUGGAUCGCAUAUAUCUUUUAAUAAAGCAAUAGUAAUAUCGAUCUAAA